CGCUUUCUGUGCAGAUCCCUACUAGAAGCUCCCCGUUGGGUGGCGGAGGAGGUGGGGCGAGGGCAGGGUGCAGAAAUUGGGCGCUGGGCGUCCGAGCCAGCCCACCAGCAGCGCAGUCCUGGACCAGGCGUCAGUUCCGCCAGCGGCUGGUGUGCGGUGGUGCGCUGCACUGCGCCGCAGGGAUCCUCGUUCCGGGAGGGCCUCCGUGAGUCAACGCUGAGUUGCCCCAAUCACCACCCAACUGAAAUCAGACACAGGGUGGGACACGUUCCCCGCUGCGCUCGCGUGUCUCCACGCUCACCCCCAGCGCUGGUCGCCUGGCCGGCGCUACCAGGUCUGCGCAAGCGGCAGCAGCUUCGGUGGGGGCCUGGGCCUCCAGCCGAGAAAGAGUUAACCGGCCGCGGCGAGGUGGAGCCCGAAGAGGAAGGAAAUCUCUGUCCUUCUGAAAGUUUUUCCCGUCCUCUCUUGUUUUCCCUGCAGAGGUGAGUGCCAGGCGGCGGCGGCGCUGACUCCCGGGAGCUGGGCUCCGCACCUCUGCUCCCGGAGCUGCCAACCGACUACCUGGGGACAGGGACAGCUGUCGCGCUCGGACCUCCUCCGUGGACCCCUUCUGGGCGCGCCGAGCCAUGGAUGGCGCGGAGCUGGUCGGGAAGAUCGUUUACACCUGGCUGACUCUGGUGCUCGGCUUCAUACUCCUGCCUUCGGCCUUUGGGGUGUCUUUGGGCAUCUCCGAGCUCUACAUGAAGAUCCUGGUGAAAACUUUAGAGUGGGCCACGUUACGAAUUGAAAAAGGAGUCUCAAAGGAAUCAGUUCUUAAAAACUCAGCUUCUGUUGGUAUUAUCCAAAGAGAUGAGUCACCCAUGGAAAAAGGGCUGUCUGGUCUGCGAGGAAGGGACUUUGAGCUGUCUGACGUGUUUUAUUUCUCCAAGAAGGGAUUGGAAGCCAUUGUGGAAGACGAAGUGACCCAGAGGUUCUCCUCAGAGGAGCUAGUGUCAUGGAAUCUCCUCACAAGGACCAAUGUAAAUUUCCAGUACAUCAGUCCGAAGCUCACCAUGGUGUGGGUGCUGGGCGUCAUAGUGCGCUACUGUGUCCUACUACCUCUGAGCCUCAAAAACCGGCUGAGUGAACUGGUCCACCUGACUUGCUGCAGGAUCUGUGUUCGUGCCCUCUCUGGUACCAUUCAUUAUCAUAACAAGCAGUACAGACCCCAGAAGGGAGGCAUUUGUGUUGCCAACCAUACUUCACCGAUAGAUGUUUUGAUCUUGACAACGGAUGGGUGCUAUGCUAUGGUUGGCCAGGUUCAUGGUGGAUUGAUGGGAAUUAUUCAGAGAGCUAUGGUCAAGGCUUGUCCACAUGUCUGGUUUGAACGCUCAGAAAUGAAGGACCGACAUCUGGUUACUAAGAGACUAAGAGAACAUAUUGCUGAUAAGAAAAAAUUACCCAUAUUAAUCUUUCCUGAAGGAACUUGCAUCAACAAUACUUCAGUCAUGAUGUUUAAAAAGGGAAGCUUUGAAAUUGGAGGAACCAUAUAUCCAGUUGCAAUUAAGUAUAAUCCUCAGUUUGGUGACGCAUUUUGGAACAGUAGUAAAUACAACAUGGUGAGCUACCUGCUUCGAGUGAUGACCAGCUGGGCCAUUGUCUGUGAUGUGUGGUACAUGCCCCCCAUGACCAGAGAGGAAGGAGAAGAUGCAGUCCAGUUUGCUAACCGGGUUAAGUCUGCUAUUGCCAUACAAGGAGGGUUGACUGAGCUUCCUUGGGAUGGAGGGCUGAAGAGAGCCAAGGUGAAGGACACCUAUAAGGAAGAGCAGCAGAAGAAUUACAGCAAGAUGAUUGUGGGCAACGGAUCUCUCAACUCGGAAUUAGACUGAAUGCCACCCAGGCUUUCCAGAACUAGUCCUUAGAAAUGGAAUGUGGUGGAGUAUUUUUUGGAGGGGAAGGCGUGUUGUUUUGUUUUACCGUUUUUGUUUUUUAUUGUUAAUCUUUUCUACCGAGUGAUUGUCUCUACCUCUUUAUGCCAGAGGCAGAACCCACGGUGCCCUUUUUGGCUUUUGUUGUUGUUAUAGCAUUAGCCUCAUGAACUGUAAGGUAGUUCACUGAGUUUGAACAGAUUCUCUUUUGUAAAAUGAUGACGUCAUUGUAGAUUGAAUGAAAUAUUUGUACAGGAAAACGUGCUUCUAAAACACUUUGGGAACUCGUGUUUGGAACUCGUUGAUAUGGUAAUUCUCAAGAAAAUACCCCAAACUUUGUUCAUGAUCAGCUUUCUCACGCUCUUUCCUCCCACUCCCUUUAAUCACUGAAACAGGGAUUACACACCAGUUUGAGUUACUAUCAUGGUUUUGUUCUACUACAAGGUUGAAAAGAAAAAUGGAAGACAGUAUUUAGGAGAAAGGACAGCUUUGUGGCCACUUGAUCUGGAAGUUGAAAGGAAAUUAAAUAUUUUUUAUUAGCGUGUUAGAAGAGACAUCCUGUUUGGUGAGCUUUACCGAAGGAAAGUGAGUCCACGUGCCUAUGUGUGCACACUUCUCUGCAGGCAACUUGCAAAUAAACAUAUGUUAGCCAGCAACUAGUGAUAAAGUUUUUAGUUUUCCCGUUUGUUUACUAAAGGUACAUACCUAAGGCGUCUCCCAUCUACUGAUUUGUUUGAUCUUGUAACCAAACACAUUUCAGAUAGGAGGAGCCUUUGACAAAACCACAGAUCACACUGAGUGUCUUCAGCGGGGGUAGGAGGAGUGAAGUGUGUGGCACUGUCCUUCCCCCUCCACCCCUUUGUCCUUUAUUUCAGAACUUUCCCAGUUCCUUAAACAGGAAAAUAAAUGGUAAAAUUAC